GACUCGCUCCAACACACAGCACACAAGAGACUACAAGAUACAGAUUUAGUCAACCAGCCUCCGUUCGUAAUAACGCCGUUUCACACCACAAACACUGUUUUGUUCUUUAAGCUACCGCGGCGGCUGAACUGUUUGUUUUUUUAUUCUUUUAAAGAAGACCCCUGUGUACUUAACGGCGGCCGUGUCGCUCGGACGUCACGAGCGAAAGAGCCGCACUGUCUGGAAUAAAUAAGGCCCUCCGAUCCAUUCCUCUGUCCGCCCCCUGCUUCCUUCCCUCCUGUAGGGGCUGAAACAGAGCUGGGUCUGUGUAGACCGGCUUCCCCACCGCUGCCAACUCCGCUGCCCCUCUCGCACUCCGCUGCCGCUCUUUAUGUGGCUGACCGGCACCAGGGAGACGCUCAGAUGAUCCACUGGGCCAUCCUCAACCACAUGGUCCACACGUCCAAAGACAGCGAGGACUAACUACUGCGAGUGCGAGAGAGCCGUCGGAGGGUGGUGUGAGUACCCUGUGAGGGCCGCCCUCCCCGUCGGGCCCGGCAGAAAGCUUGGCUCUUCCCUUCACACUCCCCCGGCCCCUGAGAUGCCCUCUCCUCCCAAUGAAGGACAGGAUCAAGGAGCGUCCCCCAUGAACAGGCCAUCUGUGGGCUCCUUCCAGAGCAUCGGGAAAAGGAAGGUGCGCACAAAAAAGAAGAAAGGCUCCAUCGCCGCCAACGUCACCGGCACCAAAUACGAGAUUGUUCGUAUAGUCAUCAACGAGGUGGACUUCACCAAGACCCGGGAAGAUGACGAAACUGCCAACCUCAUCUGGAGUGACUCGGCCGUGCAGCAUGAGAAAAUCGCUGAGCUCAGGAAUUAUCAGAGAAUUAACCAUUUCCCUGGCAUGGGCGAAAUCUGCCGGAAGGACUGCCUAGCAAGAAACAUGUCCAAAAUGAUCAAGUGCAAGCCUCAAGAGUACAGCUUCAUACCCAAAACUUGGAUCUUCCCUGCCGAGUACACUCAGUUCCAGAACUAUGUCAUGGAACUACGGAGGAAACGCAAGCAAAAGACCUUCAUCGUAAAACCCGCCAACGGAGCCAUGGGUCACGGGAUCUCGCUUAUCCGCAACUGCGAGAAGCUGCCGGCUCAGGAGCACUUUAUCGUUCAAGAGUACCUGGACAAGCCCUUCCUGAUGGAGGGCUACAAGUUCGACCUGCGCAUCUACAUCCUCGUCACUUCCUGCGACCCACUUCGCAUUUUCCUCUACAAUGACGGCCUGGUUCGCAUGGGCACGGAGAAGUACCACGCGCCCAGUGAGGCCAACCUGAGCCAGCUCUACAUGCACCUGACCAACUACUCAGUCAACAAACACAACGAGAACUUCGAGCGGGACGAGACGGUGGACAAAGGCAGCAAGAGGUCCAUCAGUUGGUUCACCGAGUUCCUCCGCGCCAACGACUACGACGUGGCCAAGUUCUGGGGGGACGUCUCUGAGCUGGUGGUGAAGACCAUAAUAGUGGCCGAGCCCCACGUUCUGCACGCCUAUCGCAUGUGCCGACCCGGCCAGCCACCAGGGAGCGACAGCGUCUGCUUUGAGGUCCUGGGUUUUGACAUUAUCCUGGACCGCAAACUCAAACCCUGGCUGCUAGAGAUCAAUCGAGCGCCGAGCUUCGGGACCGAUCAGAAGAUUGAUUACGACGUGAAGAAAGGGGUGCUGCUAAAUGCUCUGAAACUACUCAACAUUCGAGCGAGUGAUAAGAAACGCAACCUAGCACAGCAAAAGGCAGAGGCUCAACGACGCCUCUAUGGACACGGCUCCACGAAGAAGCUAUCGGCUGCCUCCUCCGACUGGGAGAAACAACGGCACACGCUGGAGCGUAGGAGAGAGGAGCUGAAAGAGCGACUGGCCCAGGUUCGCAAGCAGAUCUCUAGGGAGCAGCAUGAAAAGCAACAUCUGGGGAACUACAGACGUAUUUACCCCCCAGACGACAAGCUGCUGCUGGAGAAGUAUGAAAGCCUGCUCUCGGCCGCCUUUCAGACCUUCCUCGCCGGGCGAGCUGCCUCACUUCAAAAGGAAAUGAAUAAUCCUCUGAAACGAAUGAAGGAGGAGGACAUCUUGGACCUGCUGGAGCAAUGUGAGCUGGACGACGAGAAGCUGAUGGGCAAAACCUCCAGGCAACGAGGCCCUAAGCCCAUGACCGCCAUGCCAGAAUGCAGCCAGACACCAAGGCGUCAACGACCGGACUACCUGGCUGAUUUCACCAGCUGCAGCAGCGCCGAUAACUCCUGCUCCUCCUCAGACGAAGAGGAAGAGGACAUGGGGAAAGCAGGAGGAGGAGGAGGAAGUUGCGGAGAGAAGAGGGAAAAGAAAGUGUCCUACGACCUCGGGGAGAGCAAGGACAAGAACUUGGCUGAGCGCUCAGGUCGCAUGCACUGGAAACCUCCAAUCAAGUCACUCAAAACCAGCCCCGCUGCCUCCGUUUCGCCAACGCUUUCUGGUCCAAUCAGACGCUCCAUAUCCUGCCCACGCUCCAUCGCCUCACUCUCAUCGCCCAAUGAGCUGCGGGCGCCGUCUUCCAGGCCUUCUCCCACAGUUCCCGCGGCCACUCCCCUCGUCAGGCCGAGCUCCGCCACGCUGCGCUCUCACUCCCUGAGCCGCAGCGGCUCCGCCCACCGCGUGCCUCACAGCAACAGCCUGGGGACCAUCCACUCCAACAUAAGCGAUCCGCUGAUAAACCUGAGGAGUAAAGAGCAGGAAACCGAGCUGGUGCGUCAGACUCUGGCUGCACUCACCGCCAUGAGAAUCAGGUUUCCGGGCAAAACCGAGGAGGAGGCUGAGGCAGUGCUGGAUGAGAUCCUGGACACCUGGAAAUAUCACAAAUCAAAAGUGGCCUCCUAUUGGUUAGUGAAGCUGGACUCUACAAAACAGCGAAAGGUGUUGGACAUUGUUCGUACAAAUGUCCGCUCAGUGUUGCAGCGCAUCUGGAAGGAGCCGGAUGUAGAAAGUCUCCACCUCUACCGGCUCUUCAACCGCGUCUUCAACCGGCUGCUCUGGAGUCACGGCCAGGGCCUUUGGAACUGCUUCUCCAACAGCGGGUCAUCCUGGGAGAGCAUCUUCAGUAAGAGCAGCGAGGUGGUGUCCCCCCAGGAGCUGCUGUGCUCCCGCCGGCUGGUCCGGCUUUGCCAAGACUGCCUGUUGGUCGUCUACAAGUUCGUCUCAGAGUCCCGUGGCUCUUUGACCGGACUCAGUCCAGAGUGGGACGACACCAGGUAUCUGCUGCCAGUGACCUCCCAGUUCAUCAUGAAGUGGCCUUCGUCCAGGUUUGGCCGCAUCUCUUCUACGGUGCCGCGGUCACGCGGCCUUUUGGCUGCCAGGAUGGGACACUUCUGAGGUCACCGGGGGCAACCACGGCUCCCUUCACCUUGCCUUUUGACGCCGAACCUCCCUCCUUCCGACUCUCACCCCAGCCAAACACCGAUCUCUGCAUGUCCGGCACAGAUCCGAGGUCGAGGCAGCUCCGGAAAGCGUCCGGAGCCUAAACCUGUGCCGAUUCCCCCAUUGACCGACCACAAAGAAGGGACAGGUGAUUACGGAUUGCUGAAGGGACUUUUUUCAAUUUCGAUUAGUCUGGGCCGGCAUAGAGCAGCGGAGCGCUGGUACCCUCAAGCUCCACCGUUACCCCCAGUGACAGCAGACUAGGGGUUCUUUUCUCAUUGUAAUUGCUGUAUUAUACCUACUCACUGUACAGUUACAAGUCACGGUACUGUAAAAGGAAAAAAAUAACAAAUACUUAACAAUGCAAGGAUUAUUUAUUUAUGUACUUACUUAUUUUGGAAAGUAUUCCACGAAUGCAGUGAAUGCUGAUGCACAAUGCAGAUAUGGAAUGAUUAACAAAACUAUCCCUUGUUUGAUGUAUGGAUGUAUGUCUGUCAUUGCUUAUUUGAAUUUAAUUUAUUUCAUAACUUAUAUAAGAGGCUUUAUGUUUAUAAGUGUUUCAAUAGUCACUUUAUGUUCCAGUUUUUACAAUGAGAGAGGGGGUGGUCUGAGGAUUCAAACCUUUGAAUGUUGACGCUUCAUGUUUUACCUUCGUGAUAUUGAGAGCUGCAUUAUUAAGCAACACAACGUUUAGAAUGUCAAUGUAGUAAAGCCAAGCCUCUUUGCCUCUUAGAGAUGGAGCUAACUCUGAUGCCACAGCGCAAAGGGCCAAACUUAAGUCUUAGGAGAGCACCCGGUUUCCUAAUAUGCACAUUGCAGUACGUCACAGAAAGAGACAGCGGGUGCACAUAGCAAUAGUGUUUGCAUGUUUAGAUUUUUAGUCGCUCGACCAGAUGAGGUGGAGCUGCGUUUGGAAUAUACUUGAAGUUUUCUUUUGUUAUUCCGUCAUUAAUUAUUGUGUCUUUGUAGCGCUUUCACUAGGAAGGAGACACUUCACUCUUAGAUUUGUAGUCCGGAGUAUGGAUUUGUCAGAGAUAACAAGGACAUCGCUCUUCAGCUUGUGUGGCACUUGGAUCAUCAGCGCAAAUGUUCAGGACUGUAACGGCGGCAUGUUUUCUCGGGACGAGCUGCUGCUGCCUUUUCUCCCCCAUCGCACUGUAGGUACAAAUGCCAGAUCAUGGAUGUGCCAAGAAUAAGCACACGUGCUUCAUGUGUUCAGGGCUUUUAGUGCGGUUACUAUGUCACGAAACACAGUAGGACCUCAUUUAAACAUAGCAUUACAUGUCGAUAGGGAGAAACGCAGCGUUAGUUAUGUACUUUUCUGCGUCAAUGAGAUUAGAGACUAGACCCUUUAAAGAUGAUCCUCUGUCAGUGUGCAUUUUAUAACAUCGAUCCUGACUAACAAGUGUCGCAGCAACGCUGUGCUGAAUCUGUCCCAUACACCUAACACUACUGCACAAUGCCAAAUAUUUUCAUUUUGCCUGAUUUCUUCUGUGUUAAGAGUAGUACUUUUUCCAUUGAAGGUAUGAGAUUUUUAAUUUUACAUAGCAAUAAAAUAUUUAAACAAACGCA